GCCGGAGAAGGAACCGAUCACACUCACGCAUGGUUAUAAGAAACAGUGUGACUCAUAAUGCAGGACACCAGGAACGGGAUGAUGCCCUUUCCACCACCUUUUGGCAAGGACAGAGUCAUCUGUGAUUUCCCAAAGUGCUACACAGCUCAGGCUUGUCUGCAGCUGAAGAAGGACUGGAGCCAGGAGGUGAAGGCUGCUUGUAAAGACAGAACCACCAGACACCAGCCAUGGGAUCGACAGACGAUGUCAAAAGUAGUGGUUGUUGGAGACCUCAAUGUGGGAAAGACCUGUUUGAUAAACAGGUUCUGUAAAGAUGUAUUUGACAAAGAUUAUAAAGCCACCAUAGGGGUCGACUUUGAGAUUGAGAGGUUUGAGUUGUCUGGAGUUCCAUUCUCCCUUCAGAUCUGGGACACUGCCGGUCAGGAAAAAUUCAAAUGCAUUGCUUCAGCGUAUUACAGAGGAGCUCAGGUGAUUGUCACAGUCUUUGACUUGGCAGACAUUAAGUCCCUGGAGAACACCCGGCAGUGGCUGCUGGAGGCCUUGAGGGAAAACGAGCCUGAUUCCUGCUUCGUCUUUAUGGUCGGCACCAAGAGUGACCUGCUUGCCUCGGAAGAACGACACAGGACAGAGAAAGACGCCAUUAAAAUGGCGACGGAAAUGCAAGCAGAGUUCUGGGCUGUUUCAGCCAAAUCAGGGGAGAAUGUGCAGCAAUUCUUCCUUAGGGUGGCGGCUUUGGCCUUCGAAGACUCCAUAUUGAAAGACCUGGAGAGAAGGGUCACACCUGCCAGCAUUGGGCGAGGAGAAAUGAUUAGAUCAGACCAAGCCAACCUGGGGGAGGCUACAUCCAAAGACAAGAAGGGAAACUGUUGCUGAGGGAGAGUACCGAUA